CUUUGCGCGGGGACAGAUCAGCACUGCACGGGGAGAAAUCAGCACUGCACGGGGAGAAAUCAGCACUGCACGGGGAGAAAUCAGCCUUGCAUGGGGAGAAAUCAGCACUGCACGGGGAGAGAUCAGCACUGCACGGGGAGAGAUCAGCACUGCACGGGGAGAGAUCAGCACUGCACGGGGAGAGAUCAGCACUGCACGGGGAGAGAUCAGCACUGCGCGGGGAGAAAUCAGCACUGUACGGGGAGAGAACAGCACUGCGCAGGGAGAGAUAA